UGGUGGCCAUACCGAAGAGGCGUGAGUCCGGUCCACCAGUAGCAAAGCUUGCGAAGGAGCAAUAUUGUUUUCCCUGUUCAGAUCAAAAAUCAAAGCUUUGCCAUCAAACACGAGUUUAUUGCAUGGGAAGACAUCGUCUUUGCUGAUUAUAUUUGGAUUCUUUCCAAGAUAAGCAAAAGGCCUCCAAAAUGCUUUCUUUCUGCCCAAAUAAUGAUACACUUCGUAAAGUGUUUAAAGAUGGUGGCUUCUCAAGGUGUUUUGUAGAGCUGUUCACACCAAGUCUUCUAAUGAUCCUGAUUAUUGUCAGCUUUAUCAUUCAGCUAAGAAGGUAUUGGAAAUGUAAGAAAAUGAAAAAGUACAGGAAACUUCAUGUGCAAAAUGGUGGCAGAGGUGGAAUUGAAAUCGACCAAUUGUCACCACAUUGCAAAAAACACUUUAAAGGAUUUGCUUUUAGUGAUUUGCCUAGGCCAUUCUUGUAUGUAGUGCAGUGGCUUCUUCAUGCAUGCCUAAUCAUUUUGCCAGCAGCAGACUUAAUGAGCCGACUAAUACUGUGCCCAAGCUGUCUCCAUGGAAGUGUGCUCUAUCAGGAUGUGAUGCUGAUUCUCAUUUGGGGUUUUGCACUACGCAAUUUGCAACGAGAGAGAAAGAUGUUUUACAGAGCCCAUAUCAAGUCACAUUCCUUGCUUUUUCUUCUUUUCUGGUCAUUGUCAUUGCUUGUUGACAUAUUUGCUCUUGUUUCAUGGGAUAGCCAUGUUUGGUGGUUUUCUGGUCCAAAAACAGAAGUUAAGAGAAUGGAGCUGUUUGUUUUCAGUAUCAGAUUUUCUUCAAAUUUGAUUUUGUUUGUAUUGGGCUUCUUGGCUCCUGGUUUAUACAAAGAAAAAAAGAAGGUUGUUGCUGAAGGAGAAGAAAGUGAGAAAAAGAAACCAAAGAAGUCUCCUUUCAAUGACCUAUGGGAAAAAAGUAAGCAACUGUGGCCUUUCUUGUGGCCAAAAGACAGAUGGCUGCAGGCACGUGUACUUUUCUGUUUACUUUUGCUUGGUGCUGGCAGAGGAAUAAAUGUUUUGCUGCCACUUCAGUAUAAAAAAAUUGUGAACUAUCUUGGUGCAGCUGACAAGUCAAAUGAAAGCAGUCCAUACAAUUUGAUUGCUGUGUACAUUAUAUUGUCAUUUUUGCAAGGAGGAGGGAUUGGAUCAAUGGGUGUCCUGAAUAACAUCCGAUCGUUUGUUUGGAUUAACGUUCAGCAGUAUACAAGUAAAGCCGUACAGGUCCAGUUGUUUAAUCACUUGCACCGUUUGUCGUUGCGUUGGCACUUGGGAAGGAAAACAGGCGAGGUCAUUCGCAUGGUGGAUCGUGGAGCAACAAGCAUUGACAGCUUGCUGAGCUAUAUUUUGUUUCAAAUAUUCCCCACUAUCGCAGACAUUGGGGUAGCCGUUGUAUUCUUUGCAACAGCCUUCAAUGGCUGGUUUGCCCUCAUCGUCUUCCUUACUAUGGUUCUGUAUCUACUCACUACGGUAAUAAUCACAGAGUGGAGAACGAAAUUUCGAAGAGAGAUGAACGAAAGAGAUAACGUCACUAAAGCGAAAGCCGUCGACUCGUUGUUAAAUUUCGAAACAGUCAAAUACUACAACAACGAACUCUUCGAAGGAGAGAGGUACACAGAGGCAAUCCAGGCUUAUCAGAAUUGCCAAUGGAAGGCUUUAGCCUCACUCAAUAUUCUCAACACAUCACAAAACUUGGUCAUCACUUCUGGAUUAGUUGCUGGUACAUUAUACUGUGCACAUCUUGUAAUGAUUGGACAUUUCAAGGUUGGUGAUUUUGUGUUGUUUAUCACUUACAUGAAGCAGCUCUACAUGCCUUUGAAUUUCUUUGGAACAUACUAUCGUAUGAUUCAAACAGCAUUUAUUGACAUGGAAAACAUGUUUGAGUUGCUGAAAGAAGAUGUAGAGGUUAAAGAUCGUGAUGAUGUAACGAAUCUUCAUUUAACCAAUGGAAAAGUCCAGUUUAAAAAUGUAACAUUUGGUUAUGAUCCAAGCAAACUCAUACUGAGGAACAUCUCCUUCGACGUCUUUCCAGGACAGACUGUUGCCUUGGUUGGUCCAUCUGGCAGUGGUAAAAGCACCAUCAUUCGAUUGCUGUUCAGGUUCUAUGAUCUGUUUUCGGGAGCAAUUUAUAUUGAUGAUCAAAAUAUCGAAAGUGUUUCUCAACGAUCACUGCGACAGUACAUUGGUGUUGUUCCACAAGACACGGUCCUUUUUAAUGACACUAUCAGAUACAAUAUAAGAUACGGGAGAGUGGAAGCACCAGAUGAGGAAAUCGAUCAGUCAGCCGAGGCAGCUGAUAUUCACGAGAAAGUGCUGACACUCAAAGACGGUUAUAACACAAUUGUUGGCGAAAGAGGACUAAAGCUUAGCGGGGGAGAAAAGCAGCGAGUGGCAAUUGCCCGUACAAUACUUAAAGCUCCAUCGAUUGUUCUCUUAGAUGAAGCAACAUCAGCACUCGACACGCGGACAGAAAGGAAUAUUCAGGCUUCGCUUGACAAAGUUUGCAGCAAUCGUACCACAGUUGUAGUGGCCCACAGGCUCUCGACAAUUGUUAAUGCUGACCAAAUUUUAGUAAUUAAAGAUGGAGAAAUCGUCGAAAGAGGAAGGCACGACGAGCUGCUGAACAUAGAUGGGCUCUAUGCCGAGAUGUGGAUGCAGCAGUUGCAAGGAGAUUCACUUGAAUCGAAGAUCAGUGACGAGAGCAAUGGCAGUGAUUGAGCCUCCACGAUUUACAAGACAUAAAGCUGAUUAUGAAAAACUAGCCUAGAAAGGUACAGUGUAACGCAAAUAUGACUUAUUCCAUUCAGACUUAACUCGUACUCUUUGAUCAGCUAAGAAAAGUAAAUCACUGCAUUCUUUUUUAAUAUUAUUCAAUUGUUGUUUUGUUGUCCUUUUGUAGCCAGUAGUUGAUGUGAACAGCAAUUCGCAUACUUGGCUCGUAAUUCUAAUAUAACGUGGCUUAUAAAAGUCCAUUGCAUGCCAUUUUCAGACUGUUGCUUCACAGAGUGCCAAUCUGCCACUCUGCAAAUGAAAAGGCGACGCUUUCCAUCACCUCAAAAAGCAUUCACAAAAUCACCCCCCCCCCCCAAUCCUCACCCAACUAGUUUUGCCCCACCUGUCAUUGGACCCGAUCUUGCCACCUUGGCUACGAUGAGGCCGGCCUCCCCCUUCCCUACUUUUUAAAUGGUAAUAGGUCCAAAUAUACGUUUAGGUCUAUGGCUACUCGUGGAUGUUGAAGGGUAGUUGAAAACAAAUUAAUUUCUCUGAUUCCUCUUCAGUCGAGGUCCCGCAUUUAUUUUCCGCAUUUCCAUUCCCGCUCUAUUUUGGUCCGGUAUUUAGCUUGUGAAUCAUAAUCCGGUACUGUUUUUAAAUGUAACAUAUUUUAUAUUAAUUUUCCUUGCUAUUUUUUGCAUUAUAUACAUUGACAUAAAUAAAAUUAGCAAAACAUUUGUUAAUAGGUCGUAGCAACUCUCUCACGCGUGCAUUUCACCUUUUUUUCAUUAUAAUUGCUUUAUAUCAAAAUUUCCAUUC